CCUGUGUUACACACCACAGUGACUCACAGGUGGGGGACAGAAUGCUGCCCUACAGGAAACGUCAAGAUGCACAUGGAGAUAUAGCAUGUGAAAUGUGGCCGAACUCCUCAAACACAACAACACAGAUGUUGAUGAGUGACAGAGUGAGGAGCUUUAACCUGAAACCUGAGAGAACACUGCGUUAACGUCUGGAGCAAAGCAUACUUUUGUCCGUCUGUGAUUUGACACGAGCAUGGAACCCUGGAAAUGGGGCAUUAAUCAGAAGUUUGCUGAAGACUGAACGUUCUUAGAGGGAGAACCUGAAAGGGGGUUUCAACCCCUGACACCCCACCAACCACCUCAUCUUCAAGACCCCACCUCCAAAACCCCGCCCCCUGCUGAGGUCACUUCCUUAGAGAAGUGGGAGAGGCUAAAGAUUGGUGGAUUGUGACAUAACCUGUCUGUGGGAGGUGAAUCUGCUGCGGGCCAUGUGUUUCUGGUGAGGUCUCAUCUUCCGCCAAGAUGAGGCUGAUGCCUGGCUCGCCUCGACCCGUCCUGCCAGCCAUCCUGGCUCUCACCUUAGCCGCCUUCUUACCUCAGCUGUCCUCGGGAGCCACGCCGUUCCCCCAGGACCUGGAACCAAUCAGCAUCGUGGGCAGAGAAUCCUCCUACCUCUAUCCCAGCUUCCAGGGACUCAUGUCGGACAAUGACACCGUCCGCCUGGGCCUGGACUUCCAGAGGAUGCUGAGGAUCAACCGCAUGCUCUACAUCGCUGCCCGGGACCACGUGUUUGCCAUCAAUCUUGCCACUUCAUCUGAGCAGAUAAUCCCACAGCAGAAACUGACUUGGAAGACGAAGGAUGUGGAGAAGUGCACUGUGAGAGGGAAAAACAGCGACGAAUGUUACAACUACAUCAAAGUGCUGGUGCCACGUAAUGACGAGACGCUUUUCGCCUGCGGCACCAACGCCUUCAACCCCACCUGCCGUAACUAUAAGAUGUCCACACUGGAGCAGGAAGGGGAGGAGGUGGUGGGACAGGCUCGAUGCCCCUUCGAGUCCCGCCAGUCCAACGUCGGCCUUUUUGCAGGCGGUGAUUUCUACUCAGCCACCAUGACAGACUUCUUGGCGAGCGAUGCGGUGAUUUACAGAAGUCUGGGAGAAAGUAGCCCCGUUCUGCGUACGGUCAAGUACGACUCCAAAUGGCUGCGAGAGCCCCAUUUCCUCCACGCUAUUGAGUACGGGAACUAUGUGUACUUUUUCUUCAGCGAGAUCGCAGUGGAGUACACCACACUGGGCAAGGUGGUUUUCUCCAGAGUCGCACGUGUCUGCAAGAACGACAACGGCGGUUCGCCGAGGGUGCUGGAACGUUACUGGACGUCCUUCCUCAAAGCGCGGCUGAACUGCUCCGUUCCGGGCGACUCCUUCUUCUACUUUGAUGUCUUGCAGUCGCUGACAAACGUGCUGCAGAUCAACCACCGGCCGGCCGUGCUCGGCGUCUUCACCACACAGGCCAACAGCAUCACCGGCUCGGCAGUCUGCGCUUUCUACAUGGACGACAUAGAGAAGGCCUUCAGUGGCAAAUUCAAAGAGCAGAGGAACAGCGAGACAGCGUGGACACCUGUUCCAGAGGAUCAGGUCCCAAAACCAAGGCCGGGAUGCUGCGCCGGGGAGGGCUCAGCCGCUGCCUACAAGUCGUCCACCACCUUUCCCGACGAAACCCUGACGUUCAUCAAGUCGUACCCACUCAUGGACGAGUCCGUCCCCUCAGUCAACGACAGACCCUACUUCACCCGUACCACCAGCAGAUUCAAGCUGACCCAGAUAGCGGUGGACACGUCUGCGGGGCCGUAUAAGAACUACACGGUGGUUUUCCUGGGCUCAGACAACGGCCAUGUGUUGAAGAUCCUGGCCAGCACCGAGGGAGCCAACGCGUCCUUCAGCACCCAACUCCUGGAGGACAUCGACGUCUACAACCCUAACAAAUGUAACGUGCGGGGGGAGGACAGGAGGGUGCUGGGUCUGGAGCUGGAUCGGGAUCAUCACGCGUUGUUUGUGGCGUUCUCCGGCUGUGUGAUCCGAGUGCCGCUGAGCCGCUGCUCCGACUACAGCACCUGCAAGAAAAGCUGUCUGUCUUCACGGGACCCCUACUGCAUUUGGCUCAAAUCAGGCAGCUGUGCCACGGUCUCACCUGGCUUCAAAGGCGGCUUUGAACAGGAUGUGGAGAACGGUUACCAUCAGCACCCUGAUACCUGCCACGAUGUCCUGGCGACCACUCGCAAGCAAAACACAGCGCUGGAUUCCGCGUAUGGGAAGACCACACCCACAAGCGCCAGCACAACCUAUCAUGGGGCGGCAUUCCCAAAGGAGGCAGGUGACCCUGAAAGAGGUACAGGUCCUGAUGGCCCUCCCCCCGUGGGGGAGCAAGGGUCACCUGACUCGGAGCCAAUCAGUGUGGAGAUGGAGGGUGUAAGACGGCCGCCAGAGCUGGAGAAGACCAAUCACAGUGUCCAUUAUACUCUACUGAUCGCUUGUGUUUUGGUGGCCUUCGUCCUUGGCGCCUUCCUCUCUGGCUUCCUGGUGUCCUGCUACUGUAAUCACACGGGCCACAAGACCAAGAAGUUGUCGAAAGAUCCUGAGGCCCCGAUCCCACACGCCCUGUCCCUCCGCAGCCUGGCCAAGCUCAAUGGCCUCCUGGACAGCCAGAGCAAGGACGACAAGAUGGAGGUGUCAUCUCCAAAGAUCUACAACUCUUUCUUUGCCAACACUAAGGAGCAUCAUCCACCAAGGAGAAACGGCCAUCACGCAAUGACAAUGGGAGACCUGGUCCACCCCCACCACCACCACCACCACCUCCACCACUCCUCAGAGCUGUCUGGUCUUCCUACACCAGACUCGACCCCAGAACUGCCCAUCAAGAGCAUGAAAGCCUUCAAGAACCAGUGGGAGAAGAACCAGAAUUGUAACAACGCCAAGGAACCAAAGUCCCACAACACUGGCUCCAGACCCAGCUCAGCCCUGCUUCACCAGCAGGUCUUCCCGUACUCCCAUUGCCUGUCCAAUGGGCAGCCUUUAGUGGGAGGUCACCUCCAUCCAGACGAACGCAAAAUCCACAAUGUUGAGCGUGUGCUAUCUCAGCAACCUUACCCUGGUUACUCCCAGAAGGUUAUGGAGGUAACCUCGCUGGAUGAGCUCCUGAAGCACAUCCACGAGGCAAGCAGCAGCAAGAACUGCCAGUUAAUGAGCCCAUCGGGUCUGAUGGCCUGCGGCGGUGUAGGUCAGCUAGCGUUCGCAAACCGCAUCCAACCUCAGAUUCCUGAGACAGAAUCAGCACCCUACUACAGCUCAUCCACUUUACCUCGAGACAGCCUCACCCGACGCAUGGAUGUUCCUCCGGACAUGCCCUCACACCACCAGUCCACCCUGGAGAGGAGGCACUCCUCCCAGAGGCACUCGCUGAUUGCUGCAGCCACCAAGAUGCCCAAUGGAGUAGGAGGGGGAGGAGGAGGAAUGAUACCUCGCCAACACAGCUUCAGCCAACGAAACGGUGGGCCCCACCAGCCUCCUCCACUCCUGGCACGGAUGAACUCGACAGGCAGCGCCUGCGAGGUUCACUACCCCCUCAUCCCUAAUGGGUACCUGACACGCCAGCACAGCUACAAUGGAGAGCAGCAGGAGGUCCAACACAGGGGCGCUAUCGUCCGCCGGGCCUCCUCUCUCAAACCAGACGUCCCUCCUAAGCCCCUGUUCAUACCUGCCACGUCCCCUGUCAACCAACAGGGAAAGUUCAACUACUGAGGAGGUACACUCCUGGACUACAGAGGGAGUCUCCCUCAUUGUGUCUUCUUUAAGGAACUUCCCUUUGAAGAAAUGCAGUGGGUUCGAGGUUGCAGACCUUCACAAGAAAACCAAUCGCGUGGCAGCCAGUGUCACUGUGGACGAAAGCCUCAACCAAACUUGUUUUUUCCCCUCUUCUUUUUGUCCAACGAAUAUCUUUGUACCAUAUUGGUAUUGCUCAGCUACUUGCUUAUUAUAGAACUGCUGACUCAGGUGACGUGACGCCACCUCCUUAUAUUAGGCUGCCAAUGUCCUCAGUGUGGAUUUACAAUGCAACUUAGUUUUUGGACGUGUUGAUGUUGGAAGAACUUUACACAUCAGUCAUCUCGAAGACUUAAAAGCCGGAGGCUCCUGCGAUGCUUAGAUUCAUGCUUUUGCUUAACCUUUUCUGAUGUAGUGUUGGUAACCAGUCCCCCCCCCCCCCACCCUCGAAUGUGUUUAUAUUAUGCAUGUGUGUGUAUAUAUAUGUGUGUUUAUAUCCACACCGUAUAUGUAUACAUAUACAUAUGCAGUAUAUGUAACCUGUGGUGAAAAGUCAGCAAAAUCCCCUGAAAGUAGUUAUGUCUUUGCCUUACUAUACUCUUUCAUCUUUGGGCAUAUCAAACGAUCCCCCCACCCCCUAGGAAUUAUCUUGGGGACACCAAAUCAUUUACUUCAUCGAUACAUUGUCAGUUGGCUAAAAACACUGAACCAAAUUUGUUCGUGUUGAUCAGAGAAAGGAGAUUCAACUUCAACAAAGCAGCUAUUCUCGUCUUUUCUCUCUUUUCAUUUCCCAUCCCAGCAGACGUCAGGUCAGAAGUGACGUAAUCGGGUCCAUUUAAGUUCCCAGAGAAUGUUUCUAUAAGAUUGGUGCUCCAAACAUCUAGUGGGUCGAACAUCCUCUGAAAUGGAAAUAAACAAAACUGAAUAAAUAUUUUGGACCCAAAGAGGGCAAGUCAAAAAUGCCAUGCCAUCUGGCAUUAUGACCAUAAAACAUAGAACGGACUGCAGUUAUUAUAAUUAUUAACUUUGUGGCUAUUGGUUGUAAAUAAAGGAAUAAUUACUAGCCAAAUUUUAACUGUAUGUGUAAAUGUGUGCCUUAUUUAAUAAUAGUGUGUGACAUGGGGGUAGGGGUAAAUGCAAGGGGCUCAGAUGGCUACUAUGCUACAGUAUAUUGUAGGUGUUUCAUUUUCUAUGGUCGUCAGUAUGUGUCAUACAGUAUCUAUUGUAUAUUUGAAGAGUUUCAUUCCAGAAUGAGACAUUUGUCACCUAUUCUAAUUACUGCAAGAAUGAUUGUAACACUCACUAAUGAAUCAUAUGUUGUUAUAUCUUGAGUAUAUUGAGCCCUUUUUUUUUUUUUUUUUUUUUACAAAGUAAUAUUUUACAAAUUUAUCAUCUGUUAUUUUGAAAAUGAUUAAACACCAGAAAUAUAUACAUAUAUAUAUAUUUUGGAUGGAUACAGUGUUUUGGAAUGAAACCCUUCAUUUCUCUUUUUGUUUUUUUAAUCCCAGAAGUGUGAGCCUGCAGAUUUCUUUUGGGAGAGUUUGGCAAAGCAAGUAUACACAGCCUGAGACUGCAGACAUUCAGGUUUGACUGCCUCCGUAUUAUGUCACUUUCCACUGGGGGUCACUUUCCCGAUAGGUGCCAUUGUUCACUCUUUGUUUUUCUUUUAGCAGUAGCAUUAGCAUCACUUUGGGUUUCUAAAGGAGCAGCUCACAGUUCCUCUUAAGUUAUCUCUUACAGACCUGUAGCCAUUGUAGAAGUCAAUCGUAGAAAGCUGCCAUGUUGAUAAGACUAUUAAAUACUUGACAAAUCUCCCUUUAAGGUACAUUUUGAACAGAUAAAGAAAAACGUGUGAUUAAUUUGCGAAUUCAUCACGAUUAACUCUGAACAAACACACGAUUAAUCACGAUUAAAUAUUUGAAUCGACUGACAGCUCUUCUUUCUCUUGAUCCGGUCUGUUUGUUAUUGUGUCCAAGACCCGCUCAAGGAGAGGUCUCAUUGUGAAAUCUGAAUACCCACAUACUCUGGCUAAAGUAAAUACGGGCAAAGACCUCAUCCAUAUUGUCGAAAUAAUCCAAAUAUUCAGUCAUGACGUUGAAAAUCAUUUAGAUAACACUAAGCUACGCUUUCUGUACUCCAACACAACAAACUCUGCCCGGCCGGCACUUGCAGCAUUUCCACCUUGGAUGUAUUCCACUACUCCACCGUUGUCUUCCGGCAACACGUCCCCUCGCCAGAUUUCAGAAUAAGACUUCUGCUUGAGCGAGACUCUUUCCAUAAUGUCAGACACUUAUAUUAACAAUCUGAGUCUGUCAAGGCAAAAACAAGCACUUUUAGUGGAUGUAAAUGAUGGUGCCAGCUUGCCCCAAUAGCACCAUAUUGCAACACGCGAGCAGCUUCUUAUUAGUCAGACACAAAAACAUGGGAAAAUAGGUUCCAGGUAGAAAAUACCUAAGUUACCCUUUAAUGUUAAAAAAAAAUGUUUCUAGUUCUUAUUCAGAAGAAAUGGUUGCGAAAAAGAAUCUGUUAAACUAUAGUGCUAAAAAUCGGAGAAUAGAUCUAUGUUGCUGGCAUGAAACUGGACUUCUACGAUGGCUACCGCUGUAGAUUUUGACUUACCUGUGUCACCAGGUGUCAACUUCAACAACACAGGAAGCAAAUAGACGGGAGUGGAGAUUUAGGAAAUAUGUUGAAACGUGGAGAAGUGCAAUGACCUCUGAUCCGACGAGCUGCGAUUGUCUCUUGGAUCGAUACAGGGGUGGAACCGGUUACCAGGUGGCCACGCUGCCAAAACAUCUGCCGAGCUUUUCCCUCAGGGAAGGUGAUGCCAGUCGGCUCUGCCUCAGAAAUAUCACGGCUUCAAGACUCUCUCCGCUGUUGCACUUUUCAGCAGAGUCACUUUGGCCACGGUUGACUGGAACCGCGAUCAAUCCUGUGAAAACAGCACUAUGCUAUUUACUGUAUCUGGUGUUUUAUUGAUCGAAAUAUCCCAGAGCUCAUUUGACCCAAUAUAAAGUUUACUACUCAUACUCCAACUCCAGUAAAUGAAGGAAAAAUACAGCCGACCACAACGUUUGUCGAAAGGAAAAAAAGGUUGAUUUGGAUAUUAACGGGCAGCAGAGCGUUAAAUAGCUUUCGAACAACAAAUACAAAACAUCCAACUUGAUUUAAAGUUGUGACUUUAAUGUUUCAUAAGAGGAAUUGUGGCAGCUACAGUGUUUGAGGAGUGGAAGUGUGUUGUUUUUUUAUCUGCCGGUGACCGAUUGUAGGGGAGAGGGAGCGGUCUCCCCUCUAAUAGCUCUAUUAGUAUUUGAUUUGGUGUAAAUACAUUCUAUCUGGGCUGCGGUCUCAUUGAUUCAGUAUUAUGUUUUUUUUCUGUUUGAUUUCCAGGCUACGCCUCUUGAAUUACUAUGAAUUUGGUCUCACGAAAUACCAUUGUAUGUCUCUUAUACUAGGAAUAAAAUGAAAAUAUGA